AUGGGCAUCGAGGUCGAGCGGCACCCUGGCGAGUACACGUGCUGCAUAUCGGCGACCGACGGCCAGCCAUACACCGAGAGCGCAGGCGUGCGAUUUACCAAGCCGUUCUUUGCGAAGUGGCAUCAAGUCAAAGCCAUUGAAUACGACGUGUUGCGCCAAUUCGUCACGACUACACCAGGGGGGGGAUGGUCGAGUGUUCACGUCGGGCAUGUCCUCGUGGCUGUGAACGGCGAAUGGGUCGGACAUAUGACGUCCAGUGAAUUGAGGCAGCUCCUCAAACAGUUGUCCCCACCAACCGAGUUCACUUUUCGCGACGACUGCCGAGCUCAACUCGAGGUAUCUCUCCUGCGCAAUACGUCGUACACGCUCCCUACAUCGUUUCAGUCGCUCGAGAGCAUUGAACGGCAGCUCGAAUUGGUUCAAUCCUACAUCUUCUCGAACCAGUUGAACCAAGCAAUUGCGAUCAUCUCGGCGCUGCCUCCUGGCUGCCACUUCCAUGUUCCUCUCUUCAGAGCCGAAAUCCAGUGCCUUCGCGCAUUGUUGACGGGCGACAACCUUUCCAUUGACAAAGCUGUGGCCGAUGCGACCGCCGCUGUGUCCAUUCUCGGGAAGUUCACCGACUUGCCUCAGCUGUCCCGAACCGACAAGCUGCUGGUAGAUAUUGCGCUUGCAGAAGCGCUGGCGUUUUCAAGCAUGGCGCAACUGCUGGCGGGUCGUUCUCAUGCUGGAGUCGCUGCAACACUUCGACGAUGCCAUCAGCUGUACACUCAGAUUUACUCUGCAUGCAUGGCAGAACCGUCGUCGCUAUGGGACGUUCCCGCAAUGGCCUUGCAAGAUGUGCUUGGACGAGCCCAAUUCGGCGUCGGGGCGUUUGCGCUGUUCGCAAGCGGUGUCGUACCGUCCGAGUACCACUGGAUCUUGCAGUUGUGGCAGCGGAGCAGCCUCCAGGAGGGCGUUCGCAUGGUCCACAUGAGCUGGGCAGCUGGCCAUUCGCGGUCGCAUUGGGCCGGCUUGCUACUCAUGAAUUCGUCGCCCAUGCUGCUCCAGCACUGGGUCGCCGCGCGCAAGGCCAAGGGUGGGAACGGACCGGUAACCCCUCUGCCAAGCAAUCCCUCGAGCACUGCACCACGGGCAACUAGCGUGUGCACAGCGCGCGAAUACCAUGACAGCGCAAUGUCCACCGCGUCAGACGGCUCGGACUCGGACGACAGCCCACUUUGUCGGCCCGAGCGUGCCCAGGCUGAUGCAGACGACGUGUUGAUGGAGGCUUUGGCCUUGCUCCACGUUGCUACGACCUGUUUACAAACGCAUCCUCAAUGGAUCAUGUUCAUGUGGAGUCGUAGCGUGCAGCUGCAACAUGCAAAUCCUUUCGAAGCGUUGGACCUCGCACAGGAAGCCGCUGCGUCCUACGACAGCGGCACUCCGUACUUGCUUCAAGUGUACAUUGGCCGCCUGCAGUUCAAGCUCCAUCGAAUGGACCAAGCCGCCGAUACCUUUCAGCGCGUGAUGGCCGCAUACGUCAAGUCCCGCGCCGUUCUGACUGUGGACGCCCAGCAAACGACAUGCACCUACCUUGCUGCCGCCUUGUGCUGCGAGAGUGAUGCGAACGUUCGUUUUGUGCGGUCGCUUCUCGCUCAAACCUUGCGGCUGCAAUCCGAAUCCCCGACAUCCGUCCCGAAUGGCUCAGUCGACAUCUGCUUGUUGGUACAUCGAGCACGCUACUACCACGCGAUCGCGUCCGACAUCCACGUGAAGUUGUUGCCGUACGACCUACUUUACGUGUGUUCCGACAGUUCGCACGUGCUCCGCAAAACCAGAGCCCACGACGACUCGGCGUUGGCUCAUUUGGAUUCCCUCAUGGUCAAACAAUUCCCCGCGCAAGACGCAGCGCUUCCUCCGUAG